GUCGCACAAAGAAAGCAAGAUAAAAGGCCGGGCUCGUCUACGUCCCUGACGCGUUCUCCACACUAAUUUUCCACGCCUUCGCGUAUACACCCCCCCUCUCCUCUCCCACUUUCUUCCCUUCCCUGCCCGACCUUUCCCUAUCUUCCACUCUCCCACCCAUCCCCUCGAAGAAAUCAAGGUUGAGGCGAAGGAAGAAGACUCCAAGAACCCGAGUUCCGGCACUUGGGGUGGAGAAGACGAGGAAAGUUUCGGCCUUUGAGAUAUCGAGAUCGUCUGACGGCGGCGGCAAUGCUGCGUUCGUGCUUCCGGCCACUGGAACGGUGCUUUGGGAGGCUAGGUGGUGGAGACGAGCUCUUGUGGCACCUGGAUCUCAAGCCCCACGCCGCUGGCGACUUCUCCAUCGCCGUCGUCCAGGCGAACGACUCCCUCGAGGACCAGGGCCAGGUGUUCACCUCCCCAUCGGCCACCUAUGUCGGCGUCUACGACGGCCACGGCGGCCCCGAGGCCUCCCGUUUCGUCAACAGCCGCCUCUUCCCUUACCUCCACAAGUUCGUGACCGAGCAAGGGGGGUUGUCGGUGGACGUGAUAAAGAAGGCGUUCGACGCGACGGAGGAGGAGUUCUUGCAUCUGGUGAAGCGGUCGUGGCUUUCGCGGCCCCAGAUCGCGUCGGUGGGGUCGUGCUGCCUCCUGGGGGCGAUCACGGACGACACGCUCUACGUGGCCAACCUGGGGGACUCCCGCGCGGUGCUCGGCUGCCGAAGCACCGACGGGAGGGCCGUGAUGGCCGAGCGGCUGUCCACCGAUCACAACGUCGCCGUGGAGGAGGUCCGGAAGGAGGUCGCCGCGCUCCACCCGGACGACUCCCACAUCGUGGUACAUAACCGAGGCGUCUGGCGGAUUAAGGGGAUCAUUCAGGUAUCAAGGUCUAUUGGAGACGUCUACCUGAAGAAGCCUGCGUUCGCUUGCGACCCAGUGUUUCAGCAGUCUGUUUUUCCUGUUCCAUUGAAGCGACCGGUUAUCACCGCAGAGCCGUCGAUCCAGACUCAUAAGCUUAAACCAAAUGACUUGUUUUUGAUAUUUGCAUCGGACGGGCUCUGGGAGCAAUUAAGCGAUGAAGCUGCAGUUGAGAUAGUCUUCAAGAGCCCAAGAGCAGGAAUAGCAAAGAGGUUAGUGAGAGCUGCCCUCAAUGAGGCUGCGAGAAAAAGGGAAAUGAGUUAUGAGGAUAUAAAACGGAUAGAGAAGGGAGUAAGGCGCCAUUUUCAUGAUGACAUCACUGUUAUAGUGAUCUAUCUUGAUCAGCAUCGGCAAGGAGGUCAAUAUAGGUUUAAUAGGAGCACUUACAACUGCACUAGUGCACCUAUUGAUGUAUACUCUCUAAACUCGGAUGAAUCAGAAGACCCUCUUCGGCCUGUUCGUUCGGAGUUUGAUGUACAUGAUUCAUACAUACAUAGGUACAUGAAAUGAGUUGUUGCACCAUGGCACUUGGCCUUAUAUCUGACACUGCCAAAAGUGGUGAACAGAAGAGUUUUGAAUAAGAAUAUGGGAAUUGGUGUACAUAAUGAAAUUGAGUUUGUUGACAUGGUCCAGUUUCUUGGUGCUUGUAACAUUUUUAUUUAUUUGUCGCAAUCAAAUUUCUGUUAAAGUUGUACAGAUGGUUUAUACUUGCUUGUUGGAAGUUGGUAGUUGUCAUCA